AUGACAUUGAACUACUUAACUUCAAAUUCAAGUAUCCACAGUAGCACCACGAUGAUCAACCUCGUUAAUAAUCUAGUUUAGUUAUCCUUAAACACGUCAACAUCCUCAGAAACAGAACGGUUCAUUCAUUUUGUGUCGGAAAUGAAAACCUUCACCUUUGGCAUGUCACUGGCCAUGGUUUUGGUGAUGAUGAGCAACAUAAUCAUCAUCAUGGCAGUGACUGAGAGUCACAUUCCCACCACUUUGGAUGGCCCAUUUGACCCUGUGACCCGCCGGUUCGACCCGUCACUGCGACGGGGCAGUGAUGACUUGCCCAUGACUCAUCCAAGGCUCAGAAAGAAUGUCACUUUAAAUUUCCCUGAACAGAUUGCUCUUGCAAUUUCCUCACCAACUUCUAUGUGGGUUUCUUGGGUCACUGGGGAUGCACAGAUUGGCCUCAAUGUGACCCCUGUGGAUCCUGCAUCUGUUGGAAGUGAGGUGUGGUAUGGGAAAGAGAGUGGCAAAUACACAGGUGUUGGGAAAGGUGAUUCUGUUGUUUACAGUCAGUUGUAUCCCUUUGAAGGCCUCUGGAAUUACACCUCUGGUAUCAUUCACCAUGUGAAACUCGAAGGUCUUGAGCCUGGAACCAGAUAUUAUUACAAGUGUGGGGAUAGUUCUAUUCCAGCCAUGAGCCAAGAGCAUUUUUUUGAGACUUUUCCAAAACCAAGUCCAAAUAAUUAUCCAGCUCGAAUAGCAGUUAUUGGAGAUUUGGGCCUCACAAGCAAUUCUACAUCAACUAUUGAUCAUCUCACUUACAAUGAUCCUUCAAUGAUUCUAAUGGUUGGAGAUUUAACAUAUGCAAAUCAGUAUCUUACAACGGGUGGAAAAGGAGCUUCAUGUUUUUCAUGUGCAUUUCCAGAUGCUCCUAUCAGAGAGACAUAUCAACCCCGAUGGGAUGGGUGGGGAAGGUUUAUGGAGCCUUUGACCUCAGAAGUUCCAAUGAUGGUUAUUGAAGGGAAUCAUGAGAUUGAACCUCAAGCUGGUGGGAUCACAUUCAAAUCAUACUUGACGCGAUUUGCAGUUCCUGCCGAAGAAAGUGGCUCUAAAAGUAACUUCUACUACUCUUUUGAUGCUGGGGGCAUACACUUUAUCAUGUUGGGAGCAUAUGUUGAUUACAAUAGUACUGGAGCACAGUUUGCAUGGCUGAAGCAAGAUCUGAAAAGUAUAGACCGUAGUGUAACCCCUUGGUUAGUAGCUGCAUGGCAUUCUCCUUGGUAUAACAGCUAUGCUUCACACUAUCAAGAAUUUGAGUGUAUGAGAUUGGAAAUGGAAGAACUUCUCUAUCGAUACAGGGUUGACAUUGUUUUUAAUGGUCAUGUUCAUGCUUAUGAGCGGAUGAAUAGAGUUUAUAAUUACACAUUGGAUCCUUGUGGACCUGUUUACAUAAUUGUUGGAGAUGGUGGAAAUAUUGAGAAAGUAGAUGUUGAUCAUGCAGAUGACCCUGGACAGUGUCCUUCUGCUGGAGAUAACGUACCAGAAUUUGGAGGAGUUUGCCAUUUGAAUUUUACCUCUGGUCCUGCCAAAGGCAACUUUUGUUGGAACAAACAACCAGAGUGGAGUGCAUUUAGAGAAAGCAGUUUUGGACAUGGUAUACUCGAGGUUGUGAAUUCGACAUAUGCAUUAUGGACUUGGCACCGAAAUCAAGAUAAUUAUAAAGAAAAUGCAGUUGGCGACCAAAUAUACAUUGUGCGGCAGCCUGAAUUGUGCAUGAAAGAGUUAAAAUCACAGGAUCCACACCAAUCACUUCCAUACAAUUCAUCCACUAAAUCCUCUUCUGCUACAAGCCACCUCUCUCAGGAUGUUUCUAUCGUCAUAUCACAAUUCCUUGGGGUUUUCUUCAUAUAUGGUAUAUAUUCCCAGGUGGAAUGGAGCUAGGUUUUGAAAGUGGAAUGGAGUUAUGUUCUCUCUUAGUGUAAAAAAUAGUAAAAUCUCUUGAUUGCUUAUGGAUGUAGGUUACAUCAGCUGAAUCACGUAAAUUCAGUGUGUUUCCUCUCUUUUAUGACAUUGUUAAUUACUUAAUUACACUCUUAUUUGAGAUUGUUUAUAACUUCCAUGAAGCACUUGCUCGUUGUAUUAUACCUUGCUUUGAUUACUUA